AUUAGAGUUGUCCAUGAAGUGCUGAUUUUAAUGUCAGCAUCAAGUUCUUUCCAAAGUUGGGUUGAGGCUCUAAAUAACGUUGACGUUGAGCCUACGCGAAAACUGCAAGUGCUGACAGAGUUGAGAGACUCUGUAGAAUUCUCAAACCCUCAAGUAUACACAGAGUUCCUACAAGUGUUUUUCCCCAUCUUUAAAAGCAUUUUAGAAGGUGAUUCUACGCAAAAUUAUGAGGAGAAGAAGCUCAAGACGGUAAUUCUGGACCUGCUUUCACAUCUUCCUCAAGAUUCCUGUCUCGAGCCUUAUGCCUCAGCCUUGUUGAAGACUUGCCUAGGUUUAUUACAAAAGAGCACCGAUGACCUAGGAACGCCUUGCAUAAAGCUAAUUUUCGGCCUUUAUAGACACUUUCGCAAUACUCUGUUUCCUUAUGUUCGUGAACUGGUUGACUUUUUGAUACUUUUGUAUCAGAACGUUCGCAAUAUGGGCAGCUCUUAUUUUUUAAGAGAUUCUUCCCAGCAGUCUAGCCGUUCUCCGAUAGAAGUUUCCUAUUCACAGGUCUCAGCAACCUCCCAGAGAAUCGUGAAAAGUACGGAAUCUUUUCGGGUGUUAGUAGAAUGCCCUCUGCUUGUUCUUUAUUUGGUACAAUUAUAUCCCGAUGUUGCCAAAAGUUUUCUACCUUCGUUGGUUGCUUCAAUGUUUGAUACUGUAUCGUUAGAAGCAGCAGAACCUCAGGAUUCCAGUUUGAAGCCAAUUUUUCAGGAUUUUAUUCUAUGUCAAGUGAAGAUAGUCCAAUUUUUUUCAUUUCUUAUCAAAGACUUUUAUGAAUAUGUUCAAUUUUUGGACAAGUCCAUUGCCAAUGUCAUCGUUCGUUUGUUGAGACGUUGUCCUUCAGAAUGUGUUCAGAGCCGUAAAGAGUUAUUGGUUGCAACGAGACAUAUACUUGGAACUUCAUUACGUUCUAGUUUUGCUUCGGAAUUAGAAAACUUGAUCGAUGAAUCUACUCUCUUUGGUUCUUCCGAAUCCAUCAGUGAAGGUGUAAAGUCUUUAGGAUAUUCGUUUCUCGCUGAACUUGUUCAUUUGAUGAGACAAGAUCUUUCUUCUGAUAUUUUGAAAAGAGUCGUCUCGAUAUUCUGCAAAAAUAUUUUAGAUACAAGUCUAAGUUUGCCUGUUCAGUUUACUUCCGCGAAAUUGCUGGUUAGUCUUUCGGAAACUGUUCAUAAUCAGUCGGAAGGGAUUGUGUCGAAGAAAGCACUAUUUGCACGCAUCAUUGCUACAUUUGUGGAGCGCUUUGAGAGUUUGAUAGAGCGCAUAGCAACUUUAGCUCACAAUUGGAAAUAUGCAGAAGAACAACAAAUGGAUACCAAAAGUGAGUGUGGGGAAGAUACUUAUUCUUGGAUUCUGAAUGUCGCUUCAUUUGAACAACUUGAGAGAUGGGAAGAAGACCUCACAACUAGUUUUCUGAAGGAAUUCUCUGACAAAGAUUCCAAAGUUCCGAGGACAGUAGAUCUUGCCAUUAUUGAAAGGGAAGAGUUACAUCGCAACCAAAUUGAAAAGGAUAUUGCUGAUUGCAAACUUUUAGUCAAAACUAUGAUGCAAGGAAUACGAACCGUAUUGACUAGCUUACAGUUAUCGGACAUUACGGAUAGUGGAAGUAUCGGAAAUAGACAGUCAUACGUUGGAGGAGUUGUAAACGUUCCGGUGAACUUUAAUUCAAGAAAAUUAAGAGAAGAGGAAUGUCUGCUUAUGGUUCGUCUUCUCCUUUUAGGAUGCAACUGUCUGGGCAGUCUUCGAAGACAUCGAAUGACAGAUGAGAAGGAAGAAAAAGAACUGGUGAAUCAGUUUUCUCAGAUAUUUACUGAGCUUAACCCAAAGAGUUUUCAAGAAAUAUUUUCGGUUUGUAUAAGUCAACUAUGCAACAGUAUUCUAGAGCAGCCAUUUAUAUUGCAAAUGUUCCAACACCUUAUUGCUAGUCAACAUCUUUCAAAAUUCUGUGUGAAUAUUCUUCUCUCGUAUUUGACGCAACAUCUUUAUCUGCUAGAGACAGAAACUGUUCCGUCAAACGUUUCUAUUUCUACAGAGUCUUCAUCUCCAAACGACUCAAAAGAUUUCAUUGAAAGCAAUGGAAAUAGCUCUAUCUAUCUCAGUUUGUUUAAGACAUUAUUUGCUUCGGUUACUUUAUUUAGUGACAAUGAGGCAGCACUUAGACCUUAUAUUUAUAUGAUUGUGAAAGGGAGUCUAAACCGAGCUAAAAAGAGUCCAAACCCUCACAAUUACUUCCGCUUACUUCGAGCUUUCUUUAAAUCGUUAACUGGAGGAAAGUUUGAAUUGUUGUAUAAGGAUAUGAUUCCGUUGCUUCGAGUCAUCUUGGAAGACCUUGUCAGUUUCCUCGAGACUGGGUGCUUUGAUGCUUGUCGUAAUUUGUUGAUAGAACUUUGCUUGACGAUUCCUGCCCGUCCUUCGUCUAUCCUUCCUCACUUGACUCUACACAUGAGACCCCUAAUGUUAGCAUUGCAAUCGGAUAGUCCUGAUAUUAUACUGUUGGGACUAAGAACUUUGGAGUUUUGGAUAGAAAUGCUACAUCCCGAAUAUUUGGAAAGCAUUUUGGAAACUAUGCAACCCACUUUUAUGCAAGCAUUGUGGAACGGAGUUUAUAACUCCUCACAGAGACUUGCCUCUUGUUUCUUGAAGAUAUUAGGGAAGUUAGGAGGCAUCUGCCGCAAAUAUGGAUCGGAUAUUCUAUCGUUGCCGUUACAACACCGAAAACUAGAACCUUUCUAUUUGCAACUUUCGGAAACUAACAUGGAAGGCUUUGAAUUGAAUAUGAGUGAAUUGGUUGAACUUUGUUCCAACAUUUUAGACGAUUCAUAUUUAGCAAGGACUUUACAGAUGGAUUUUUCAAGCAGAGACUCGUUAUACAUGAGAAAAAGUGCAUACUUUCUACUCAGAUCCAUGACUUUAUUGCUCCUUGCAAAUGAUUUUUCAUCAAAACAACAAAUAAUAAGUCGAGUGAGGAACAUUGUUGUAAGUUCGCAAGGCAGGCAGAUGCUUGAAAGAGUUUUAGUAGAAAGGAGUGAAGUAUGUAUGAGGGAUUCCUUUUAUUAUUUUAAGGACAAAGAAAGAAAGGUUUUGACGGAGCUUGUGAGAGAUCUCGCGUGCAUUGCAGCCAAUAGUACUCUGAAUUCCUUGCUUCAUGGAGAACCACAGGAGUUUUUCCAUCAAUUAUCAGAAUAUUUUGUGUUUCAUUGGAUUUUUGUAGACGCAGAAACGAAGAGUACAGAUAAUUAUGCAGUCCCAUUGAGUAUGGUGGUUGCGCUCUUCCAACUUAUGGAGGAUGGUUCUUUCGACAUGAUGGAAUUUUCGCUUUCCACAAUUUGUAAAUUUAUACAAGUUUUUAAAGAUAUUCUAGGGCAAGAACUGUUCAGAUAUCAUCCUGUUUUAAUAUUUUGUUUGAACUCUUUUGUACACUUCUGCUAUUCGAGGAGGCUAGCUUUAAAAGUCAUGGCGAUAAAGGGAAUUAUGCUUGGAGUUGAGAGUAUAGAUGAGAACAUCAUACUGAAUCCUUUGUCCGAUGUGUUCUUCUUACAUAUUCUAAGAGGCGUGUUCAGUAUGAUCAGAGAUGCUGAAGACUAUCCCAAUAGGUUCCUUUCCGACUUGGAAAAAUUGAAAGAUUUGCUUAUUUCUAAAGUUACUGGAGAACAAUUAACCUGGAAGAAGCAUGCUUUUCCUCUAGAAUUGUAUACCUUGUUUGCCUCCGAGCUUUGUUCAUCUUCAGAAGCAUGCCGUUUAUGGGCAGAGAAGAUGAUUACUGCGAUAGCAAAUGCAUUACAAGUGCCUGUUUUCGAUGCCUUCAAUGUAACGUUCGAUCAGUGUUUAAAAAUAUUGCUCAUGAAGUCUAUACGAUUUUCUUCAUUUGGGAAGCAAGUAGCUUAUAUUUCUAUGGCAUGUUUCUUAAUGGAAAGUGGGAUUAUAACUCCAGACUUGUUUGGUUUGGGAAUUCAAGGUGAUGAUGAAUUUGAAAAAGUAAUUAUGGAAAGCUCUCAAGAAACUUCUUCGGAGCAUAGAAUAGCAGAUUUCCACAUGCUUUUGAAGAAUAUUCUAAUUAUUGCUGACGACACCACACACAACCGUUUAGUGGAAGCGGAUGAUAUGGCUCUUUAUAAGUUGGUUGAUAAUCGAUUGACGGAUGAAGGUGUUAUUCGUUAUAUUGCGCCUCUAAAAAUUCAUUGUCUCAAAUUUAUCAAAUCAUUGAUUACUUGUAUAGGUUCGCAUUUUAGGAAUUUACAAGAGCCGCCAACGUAUUUGAGUGUAUGGACAUCGAACAAGGCUUGCAAUGAACUUCUUCAGAAGAUUUACAAGAUUCUUUUUCAAUCGUUGGAAAGCAAUAAUGAAGAAAUUAGCUGCUUGAGUAUCGAUAGUCUUCAUCUUCUCAUUGAGCAACAUUGUCUUUCGAAGGAAGACCUUCAUAACAAUUUGAAGCCAUUGUUGAGUGCUUUUGGAGAUAGCCAUAAAUUGAGUGUACGUUGUUUGCAGGGAUUGGAAAGAGUUUUAAGUUUAUUCAGCAGUUGGUUCAAUCGAGCCAUCAUAGAAAAGCUUUUAGAACAUUUGAAGGUGUUUAUUCAUUCUUGUAUGCAGAAUCAAGAGUCACCAGUCAAUUUAGACUGGCGUUUACCUGUUGGAGUUGCUCGUAUUUUUGCAAAGCUUCCUCCCUCUGUGAUAGAAUAUCAAGAUGCUUUUUUCAAGUCUCUUCUACAACUAGAAGACUUUGUUAAUAUGUCCAUACCUCCUCUUAAAAUUUUAGAAUCUACUCGUUCUGUUUGUUUUUCACCAUUUCGUGAACCGGCGUUAUCUUUUUGCAAUGCAUUUCCUAAAGAAAGCUUGGAUUACCUGUUCAAGAUGAUAGCAAAUGAACGUUUUCGACAUCUUUUCUUAUCAUUAAUUGAAGCGAAAGAUGCUGAGCCUAUGCGCAAAGCUUUAAUGGAGAGUUGUGUGAGAUAUAUUGAGACUCUUGUAGAAGAUGGAGUUUCGGGAUUGGAGUGGCCUUCUAUACUUGUAAGUAUUGUAGUCAUUCGAGUUUUAUCAACUUGGCAACCGAGUUGGCUUCAAGAAAAUACUGUUGUCUACAAAUCAUUGCAUCGUCUUUGGCAAGUUUUUUUUGUCCAGUCCUUGUUUUCAGAAGAGUUUUUGAAUGACUUGGAAUUUUUGGAUGCCGCUCGACAGCUAGUUCAAGUAGUUAUUCUUUAUUAUUGUCGAAAUCUAUAUCAAAUGGAUGUCCUAUUUUUGCUUUUCUCCUUGUUUGGACGGGAAAGACAUUUGAUGGAUUUUACGUUUGUGAAAAAAUUUCUGAACAACAGUGAAGAAGAAUAUGAUAUUGUGAUACCUUUAGUGGAAGUGUUUAAUUACUUUUUACAAGUUGCAUCGGAUGCUUCAACUCCACCAUUUGUGCUUUCUUCUUGUUUACAACUAUACCUGAUUCCUAGCUUAGAAAGAAGUUUUCGUGACUCUCCAGGUUCUAUACAAAUUCCGAAACAUCUAUUGGAAGCUCUAGUGAAUCAGUUACUUGAUAGUCAAAAUGAAAGGAUGAAUGAUGAUGGUUUAUCGAGUGAAUUGUUGAGGCUAUCAACAUUGUUGAUUAUGUAUAUUCCUAACGAGUUACUAGAGUUUCGAAAAGAACUCAUCAAGUUUGGAUGGGACAACUUAAAGAAGGAAGAUAGUUAUUCCAAGUAUUGGGCGUUUGUGAAGAUCUCGAGAUUCUUCGAAGCCUUUCAGGCUCCUGAGAAGGUGGUUUGUCAAGUAUUUUUAGCUCUUCUUCGAGCAUGGAAUUCUGAAGGGAAAGUAUUAACUCGACAUGCACUCUCUGUUAUUACUCCAGUAAUACCUCGUCGUGUGAGUGAUGAAUCUUCCUCAGGAAAGGCGCCGACUAUUGCUCGAUAUACAAGAAAAAUCUUAUCGGAUGAAGGAUUUACAUGUCCUCGUUUGGCUCAUAUUUGGUAUAUGAUAUGCAGAUAUCCCUUGUUGUUCUAUCCCACGCGUUCACUCUUUAUUCCUCUGCUAACAGGAGCGCUAAAAAAGUUUACGUCGAGUGCUAGUACCAUGCUGGAAUUUCGAAGGAUGAUUCUUGAUUUGGUUAGACUGUUACUAAAAUGGGAAUUUUGGAGCAAACAUGAAGAAGAAAGUUACAACAAAAAUCGGACUCCCUCAAUGAAUAAUGAGCAAGAGAUGGAUGACAAAACUGAAAAUGCGGAUGCUUCUUUAGCACACUCUAAAACUGAAAAUCCCGCAGAAAUGGGCAAUGAUUCUCACAGUGUGAACAACUCCUCAAGGUACCUGAUCGACUUGUCUCAAAAAAUAGUUUUCCGAUUGACUUUACUGAUCACGGAUAACUUUUCAAAUAUCAAUGACUUGCUAGUGGAGUGCUAUGCCAUCCUUGCAUUUUCAUGUCGUGUUUGGCACCAUUUUGAUCUCAAUGUUCAUCAGCUUGAAUCACUGGUCAACUUUGCUGCUUCUCGCAGUGCUGAAAUGGCAACAGAAGAGAUGGGGCAUGAUGGAGCUACUAGUUCUGUGCAUUCUUCAGGGACGUCUGCAGGAGUUCAAAAUGAGAUGCGAAGAGAAGAGUCCAAGUCUCAAUUGCCCGAUUCUUCUCCUUCUCUAAGUAUGUCCAGGAACGGUUCUGCUAUUGAUGCUGAAACUUGUAAUGAAAGUGGCUUGCAACUGAAAUAUUGCUUAGCCUGGAGUCUUUUUCUCCUUGCUAGCAAAUAUCACGAUCUGGAAUUCUUUAAAGAACGUUUGAGAUAUAUAAAAUUCUUAGUAAAGGCAUGUGCACGUGGAAGUAAAUGGGAUGUAAUGAAGAUGAUAGGAAGGGUACUCAAGUCGAUUCCUGGCAUAGAUACUGAGGAUGGGAAGCAGUUUCUGGAUCAGCUGGUUCAUGAAUUGUGUGCGGAAGUGAAAGACGUAGUGUCUCCCAUGGAUAAUGUCUUUUGGCUCCGAAAUGUUGCCGAGUUGCUAAUUGAUUUAAUUCCUUUGAAUGUUACAAUAGAUAGUAGCGUCUUUGAGUCUUUGACGAAAGUAUUGAUUCAGGCUGUUAAGGAAAGGAGUAGUGGUUGGAUUUCAGAUAGAAGAUUGAAGGAAGCUUCCAGCCAUGUGAUAAAUAAGAAAGAUUCAGAACAUGGAAGCAAUGAAACAAUAGACCAUUUGAUACGUUUGCUCAUUGGUGUUCUUUCUGUUCAUUUGUCAUUCUUGCAUGGAGAGGAACGAAGAUAUCUUAUGCAGUCUGUUAUGGUGAUUAUUGACAACUGUUCGGUAGAGUUUAUUUUGAAGCAAGUAUUAGAAAGCAUUUGUUUAUGGAUAUAUGGUUGUGAUAAUCCAGAUGAUUUGUCUACUAGUACUAAAUAUUUAACUACAAAAGAAAAAGUUCAGCUUAUUGGGAAGCUCCAUCAUUUCGAAAGGAAUGAAUGUGCCAGAGAUAUUUUGGAAGAUUUUUACAAGUUGAUAUUAGCUAUUUUUACUCAAAGAAGAGAUGAGUUUCAAGAAUACUUUGCGAAACUGGAACGAACACUGGCCUGUGGUUUACAUAGUCGUAACUGGGACAUACAUAGGCAACUUGUAGACAUUUGUAUGAGAGAGGAAAAACUGGAUGGUCUCCAGCCUUUUGAAAUUUUUUGCUGGAUUGUUUCAGAGAAAGAUUGGGAAUCAUUUGCAGACUAUUACUGGUUGUCAUUAGGAAGCGAAUUUCUUUUGGAAAAUAUUGAGGCGAAUUUCAUCCAUUUCAAGUUACGAGACUCUUUUGAUGAUAUUUCGAAACUUUCUGAAUUUUCUGAUUCCAUGCAACUCGACUCGGAUCAUCUUUUGACCUAUGCGAAUGACGUAGAGAGACUUUGGAGACUAAUGAAAGAACUCAAUUGGACUGGUUUUAAGGGAACUCUUCAACAACUCGUCAAAUAUUGUACAUGGGCAGGAGAAAUUCUUUGGAAGGAACUAUUUGCUUACUUUUGGAAGCGAAGCGAUGUACACAAACAGAUAUCUUUGGAAGAAUACACAUGCAAACUGGUUGCUAAAAGAUAUCAUUCGAUUCAACGUACUCAGGAACCGAAUGUUGUUCAGUCCAUUUUAACAAGUGCUGAAUAUUGUGGAGAUGCUUUUCCACGUUUUGCACCGGAAAUUUUGGCAUUUUUAGGAAUUCACUUUCGAUGUCAUACAAUAUGUUUGAAACUAUUACAGAAACGAAUUCAACAGCUUUCUAUGAUAUCACCAAAUACUUCGAAUAAGCAAGAAGAAAGUACAAUAUAUGAAUGGAAGUAUUUAUUGGAUUCUAAGGCUGCCAUUUAUAGGGAUUUGCAGGAAUGGGAUCCCUAUUGGGAAACAUUAAAGGAGUUUCAAGGUGAUAAUGAAUAUAGUAGAGAUGUAUUUAUGAUGAUGCAGUUGGAGCGUUGGAACGAUGCUCAACAUGUAGCUUUGGAUUCCAUGAAUGCAUAUCAAGAAGGUGGAUACGACAACCUUACUAAUAGUCAUAUUAUAGCGAUAGAAGAAGCAUGGAUAGAAAGUGCCAGACAACUCAAUCAGUGGGAUGUUUUAACAGACUUUUCGAGGAGUGUGAUACAUACGGAUCUUUUGCAUGAAUGUCUUUGGAGACUUCCAGAUUGGGCUGCAUUAAAGGAAAUUUCCAACAAAUAUCCUGUUGACGAUACUUUUCAGCUGAAACUUUAUCAGAUUUCCUUGCAGUUGCAAGAGAAUAAGUUGGAAAAUGUUGGAUAUUUAUUUUCACAAGGAUACCAGGAUCUUUUAACCCGUUUCAAAUCCAUAUCUCGUCCUAUGCAUGUUGAGGUUUUGAAUAGUUUUAGUUUCAAGGGCAAUUUAUUGGUUGAAUUAGAAGAGAGUAGUCGAAUAUUGUUGGAGUUAAACUCCUUUGCUCGAAACCAAGUAUAUGAAGAGUCGCGGUUGGAAAAAAUUUUUCAGAUAUUAACCGGUUGGAGAGAACGUUUGCCGAAUCAAUGGGAAUAUUUGACCUAUUGGAACGAGUUGUUGACUUGGAGAAGUCACAUGUAUACAGUUUUGGUAAAUGCCUUUCAAGCAGUCAAGGAGAGUCGUGGUUUGGAGGUUCCUUCUAAUCUUUUGAGUCUUGGUGUUAAUGAAAGUGCCUGGAGUGUAAACACGUUUGCAAAGAUUGCACGCAAGCAAGGGUUGACGGAAGUUUGUUUGCAGUGUUUCCAGAAAAUGUAUCAUUUUCCGACCAUGCAUAGCAAUGAAUAUUUUACCAAAGUAAAACAACAAGCAAAGUCGAGUUUGCAACCGGAAUAUUUCGUUGAAGAUAAGACAAAUUCUGCUUCUUUACAGUUUGGUCUGAAUCAAAUUAACAGUUGUAACGUUGAAAACUUUGGCAAAUAUCAACAAGCUCAGUUGUUGGUUCUAAAAGCUAAGUUUUAUCAGAGAUUGGGUUAUUUAGAAGAUGCCAAUCAAAUGUUUGCUGCUGCAUUAAGUCACUGUGGAGACUUAUCUUCUGGAUGGUUAUCUUGGGGAGAAUAUUGUGAUGAUAUAUUUGCGAAAUCUCGAGACUUUUCAUGGGCAUCUGCAGCAGUGAAUUGUUAUUUUCAAGCCAUUACGUUUGGUUCUAGACGUUCUCGAGUGAAGAUUGCACGUAUCUUAAGAUUGUUGUCUUUGUCUAUUGCUGCAAAAGAUAGAUCAGAGAAUACAGGGACAGCUUCUGUCAGUGAAACCAAAAUGUCAAAUUUAAGAGGUACCGAAGGAGUUUCAUCGCAUGAGUUGCUACAGGGAAAUUUCACAAGUCAGCUUAAGGAAGGAGAAACAAAGUCAUCUGCGCAACCUGAUAUAGUGAACAUAUUUGAACAACAUCUGAAUGUGUUACCGACUUGGGUUUGGAUCCCUUGGAUAGCUGACAUCAUAUCUAUGUUGACACGGAGAGAUGGACUAGUUUUAUACAAAGCAUUGGUUAAAGUCGCUCAAGCAUACCCACAAGCUAUCUUCUAUACAUUGAGAAGUUUCAUGGAAGAGAGAAAGCUUGUGGAUCGUCCAGAGAAGAUGCAAAGUGCGGAGGCUGUGAAUUAUCCCAGAAGACCGAUUCAAGCCUUACCAGAUAGCGCUGCGGAAAAGUAUGCCAGAGAACAGAAGAAACACGCGGAAAUGUUAAGAAAGAAAUAUGAAGAAUUGCAAGAACGUUAUAAGGCAGGUCAAUGGGGUACCCAUUAUCAUCCUUCGGAAGCUGAGCGUAUUCUACAAGAAGCAAGAUUCCAAGCAGAACAAGCUGCAGCUCGUGCUCAAACUGCCAUGUUAUCCUAUGAAAGAAUGCAUCAUGGCCCUAGUCGUAAUGCAAAUUUAUCAUUCUCUCAAGGUUCCAAACAAUAUCAGAGUGAAUCCACUUUCUCUUCAGUGGAUGGUAAAGAUUCCCAAGGCAGUAUGAGUUCUUCAGGAGUAAAUGCACCGGAAGAUAACACAAUAGAAGAAGACAAUAGUCAGAGCAUCAUUCAAUUUAAUUUUGCUUCGCCUUUUGAGGUUGCCGAUCAUAUCAUGCUUCAAAUAGUUGAGAAGAACCACUUACUGUAUAUGGAUUUGGAACGUCUCUGUUCCGAAUUGAGUGUCAAAUUGAAAUCUCAACCAGAAGAGCAAUUGUACAGCUUAAUGAAUGUAGUCUUACAAAGAUGUAGCCAAGUAUCAUUACAUAGCAACCAAAAGGAAAUUUCUUCUUCUGUCCGAGCAGCCUUGGAAGAAGUUUCCAAGCUUUGUUUUGGAACCGGUUUGUCAGAAAAGGGUGAAUUUCGUGUUCCGUAUUAUUUAUCAGAUUUGAAGGAACCUUUCGAAAGAGAAGUUGCACCUCAAACAGCAGAAGACUUUCCUAAUGACGUUGACGAACUUAUUGUUCGACUGCAGCGUUGGAAGAAAAUCAUACAGCAACGAAUUGAAAGACAACAUACUGUUCGAUAUUUGGAACGACUUUCUCGGUACUUGGUAGAUGCCUUUGGCCAUUCUUUAUCUUCCUCUAUUGAAGUCUUUGGUUUGUAUCACGGAUGGAUAGGAGAGCCUCCUGUCGAAAGUUUUCCACAUAUUGAUAGGUUAAUUCCACAGGUUAUGGUUAACAAUGAAGGUGGUUCUUUUAGUCGUCGUAUUCAGAUUUUAGGAACAAAUGGAAUGACUUACCACUUUAUCGCAGAGUCAAGUGUGAGUACCUCUUUGCAGCGUGCAGAAGAAAGGACGGCUCAUUUAUUAACUUUAAUGAGUCAACUAUGUUUAGAAAAACACACAAGUUCUCGAAGAAGAAGACUAAGGCUACGGACGUUGCAUUCCAUACCAACGGGUACACAUUCUCGUUUGUUGGUUUGUGAUGGUCGACCGAUGAAUGUUUCUCUGAUGCAACCCAUACUCGACUAUUGUCAUUCUAGAGGGAUAGAACUAGAUCAAGUGACAGGCGAAUUUCGGGAGCAUUAUGGAAACUUGCUGAUUUCAUCGAGAACUGAAGAAUGGAAAGGCAAGAUGUCGCAAAAAGAGUACUUGAUUCAAUGUAGAUUGAAGGCCUUUGAGAAGAUUGUUAGAAAUUAUAUUCCUAAAAACGUAUUGGAGGAAUGGUUCAUGACUCGUAUGAAGGAUGUAACAAGAUUAUUUCAGUUUCAGAAAGAAUUUAGUAGGAGCUAUGCAGUCAACUGUUUUGUUCAAUAUUUUCUUGGUUUGGGUUGUCGCAAACCUCAAAGUAUACUUUUAGAUGAUGAAAAUGGAACUGUUAUCUUUGCAGGUUUGCGCACAUUACUUUCGAAUCGAAGAGUUGUAGAAUCGGAAGAUGCGGUUCCUUUCCGCUUAACACCUAAUAUAUCCAAUUGGCUUCGAUGUUUUGGUCAAAUUGGUUACUUUUUUAGUAGCUUUCAGUUUUCACGUAUGGCAAUAUUUGAGCGUGCAAAGUUGUUAAAGUCAUUGCUUGAAUACUUUGUUCGUGAAGAUAUUAUUUCGGUAUAUGCAUCGAAACAGGUUGCAAUAACAACGCGUGGUAUGGAUUCGCAAUAUAUUGGACAAACAGGACAUAUUAUCUGAUGUGGAAUCCAAGCUACGUGAAAGUAUCGGUAGCAUCCUAAGUCGCCUGGGUGA